AUGCACAAACUAUCAGUAAAAUUGCUUCCUAGGUAUGGUAACAAAAAGAAGGCUGCACAUGGAAUUGUAUUCGACCACAUUCCAAUAGAGGACCAGAUUGUAUGCUUGUUCCCAGGGCAAGGUGCACAGUACGUUGGCAUGGGGAGCAAAUUAGUCGACUGCUCCAGAGCGAAGGAGAUUUUCGACCGCUCUUCCGAGAUUUUGGGUUACGAUGUUCUGAAGUUGUGCAUUGAAGGCCCGAAAAAUAAGCUUGAUCAGACCCUAUAUUGUCAACCAGCGGUAUUUGUUUCAUCUGUGGCAGCACUGGAGAAAUUCAAGACCAUUGAUGAUUCAUAUGCUGACCGUAUCACCGACGCGGCUGGAUUCAGUGUGGGCGAAUUUGCCGCCCUUGUCGCGGGUGGUAUCCUCAGUUUUGAAGACGCUCUGCGUGUCGUCGUCGUGCGGGCUCAGGCAAUGCAUGAGUGCAAUCAACUGAUCCGAAGUGGAAUGAUGACAGUUAGAGUGAAUGCCUCGUCUCGCCUCGAUGAAGCUAUGUUCGAGGCUAGAGAAUUGUCGAGGGAAAAAGGCGAAAUGGAUAUUUGCGAAGUAGCUAAUUACUUAUUCUGUGGAGUUCGAGUUGUUGGAGCUAGUGAAACCUGCUUACGAUUCUUAGAAGAGAAUCAAGAAAAGUACAAGUUCACGGUCGUGAAGCGAUUAGAAGUAAGUGGCGCUUUUCAUACUCGACAAAUGGAGUCUGCGGUGGCCAAGGUGCGUGAAGCGGUCAGUGCUGUAGAAAUACUGAAGGCUCACUGUAAUGUCUAUUCAAAUUACUCCGGUCACGUUUAUCCAGCAAAAAAGUCUGAAAUCCGUGCGGCGAUAGCUAAGCAAAUUACGAAUCCAGUGAAGUGGGAACAGAUCUCUCAGCGAACUACUCCUAACGCCCUGGAAACACCCGCCGCGUGA